GCCAACAUACGCAGCAGGUCCACAUGACCUUUCACGGACCGAGCUGUUAAAGACGGAUUUAUACGAUUGAAUUAACUUUUUAUACGACAUAUAAUGUUACUGUACAAAUGUUCAUAGACAUUGCGCUUAUCUGUGUCACGUUACUUCAUUAAAAUGUUCCGCGUAUCUUUAAUAACGUGUGGCCGAGAUGUCGCCAGAAGAUUUGCCUCAUCUUUCUAUGGUGAGGGCGCGUUGCCAUCCAAUUUACUCCUCCCUUCUAAUCUGGUGGAUCCCGCAAGAUCAACGAGACGUCCACCUCCACCAGAUUCUUCCCUUCCUAUCCUGAGAAAAUGUGAUGAGGCACCCUCUUCUCAUGUAAGCCCGAUACGGACAUGGGUGGAGACCAUGGACAUACAGAAAAGUGAACCCUUAGGUUUGGCUGAGCUACACCCUAAUGUAUAUGCGGCGCCAGCUAGGCUUGACAUUCUCCAUCAAGUUGAAAUAUGGCAGAGGUCUUACAAGAGGAUUAGCUAUGCCAACACAAAGACCAGGGCAGAGGUGAGGGGUGGAGGCCGGAAACCAUGGGCACAGAAGGGAAGUGGAAGAGCUCGCCAUGGAAGCAUCAGAUCGCCGAUCUGGAGAGGAGGUGGGGUGUCUCAUGGACCCAGAGGACCUACUAGUUACUAUUAUAUGUUGCCCAUGAAAGUGCGUGUGCUAGGACUCAAAGUAGCGCUCAGCUCUAAGCUGGCUCAGGAUUACCUCCACAUUGUGGACUCCCUGCACAUUCCUACGCCCGACUCCCAGUACCUGCUGGACGUCAUCAGACAAAGACACUGGGGAGAGUCUGUCUUAAUUGUAGAUGUAGGUGAAGAGCUGCCGGAAAAUAUUCUCAAGGCUACAGAGAGCCUGAAGAGGGUGAACAUCAUCCCAGCCAUUGGCUUGAACGUCCACAGCAUGCUGAAACACGAGGCUGUCAUUCUCACACUCGAAGCGGUCAAGUUUCUGGAGAAAAAGCUGCUUUGGCACGAUUACCGCUACAAACCUCUGUACCCGUACAGUUUACCAUACUCAGACUUUCCAUGAGUGAAAUGACACCAAGGAGUAUAAACAACCAGUGCUCUAAAUGGUAUCAUUGUGUCUUUAUUAUGUUUGACAAAAGCGGAUGAUUAAAUA